UGUGUACGACUCCCUCACGCGGCUGUGGACGGUCUCACAUGUCUUCUUAACGCCCAGUCCACGUGUGGCAGGUUAACUUAUUGUCUUGAAACUCUUGUUUGAUCAUUUUUCCCUCAUAACCCGAUUCGUCACAUCAUCACACAAGAGAAUAAUGAAGUCCUCUGGACAAGCUCUUGCAACUCCUAAGAAGGCAAAGAAAUUGGCAGCAGAAACUCCAGAAUUGAAAAAGAAAGCAGCAAAGGAACAGACUCCAAAGGUAGAAGUGUCUCAGACUCCAAAAUCAAAUAAGCUCAAAGCUGACAAGCUGCAGACCCCAAAGGUAGAAGUUUCCACAGUUGAAAUGCCAAAAGCAGAGAAAGUUAAGACACCUAAACCACAGACCCCCAAAGUGGAAAUGAGUGGAGGGGAACCACAAGCAAAGAAACGUAAAGCAUCUAUGACUGAAACUCCUUCAGGAAAUUCUUCCCAAGAAAAAAUACAACCAGCAGUCAAAGAACAUAGAGGUGGUGCAGUCCGAGGAAAAAGAGGAGGAGGAAGGGGAGGUUUCAAGGGUGAUAGUGGAGGUGUCCAGGGUGAUGAUAACGGUCAUGGAGGAAACCGUGGUGGUUCAAUGAGAGGUCGGGGCGCCAGGGGAGGAAGAAGAGGUCGUAAUAUGAUAGCUGAGAAGGAUCCGUGUGUGAUGUUUAUGAACUUCCACAAAUCUAUUGAUGGAAUUGUGGCAAAAGAGUUAAUGAAAUUUGGAGAAACCGCAUCACAGAUAACCUUAGGAAGACGUUGUUUCCUAACAUUUCCAACAGAAGAAGAAGCCAGCACAUUUAAAGAGAAGGCAUCUGAAAUUAAAUUUAAUGGUCAAGAGCCAUUCAUUGAUAAUGCACACAAGAAGUUAACUGCCAUGGAUACAAAUACAAACAGUGCAGACAGCAGUGCUACAGAGUCCCCAGCCAAAAACGUGAAAACGGCUAAAGCUGAUGAUGAAAAGAUGGAGGAAGGUGAUGACGUAGAAGGAGUUGAAGAUGAUGAAGAGAGUGGUGAUGAAGAGGAGGAGGAGGAUGAUGAUGAUGAUGAUGAUGAUGAUGAUGAUGAUGAUGAUGAUGAUGAGUAACUUUUGACUGAAAAUGUUAAAAAACUGUAGGUGUUAUUUGUACCCAUUACUGUAUGUUAUUCCUGAGAUUUUUUUCUUAAUCUUUUACCAUGAAGAAGGGGGAAAAUGGCCCUUUAAAAAUUCUGAAUAAUUGUACAAUUGAUGGUACAGUACAUUUAUAAGUACCAUGUUUUAUUCUUAAAUUAAAACUAAACUUUGAA